UUUCCCCCACACAAGGUCAUCCACACGUGUAUGGUGAAUCUGAUGAUCCAUUUCAGUUGCGACAAUCCUUCGAACAGGGGUUAGGGAGCUGUCUCUUGUAUCUGAACCCACAGUAACCCUAUUUAUUCAUAAUAUUAGCAACGUGAAAGUGUCUGAAAUGGCGAGGGGAAGUCGCAGUCGUCCGUCGCCUUCACCAGCAAGCCACCCUGCUCACUCCUAUGCCCCCGCUCCAGCCCCGCCCCCUCCCUCCGCCCUGGCGCCGGCGGCGGCGGCCCAGCCCAAGCAGCCGGGCCUGAUGGCCCAGAUGGCCACCACGGCCGCGGGCGUGGCGGUGGGGUCGGCGGUGGGGCACGUGCUCGGCGGCGCCCUCACGGGAUCCUUCGGCGGGGGCAGCGGCUCCGGCAGCAGCGCCCCAGAGGCCGCCAAACCCGCUGCCUACCAGGAGCCCCCCCGUGCAGCCCCUCCCCCACCAGGUCCCUGCCAUUUUGAAGUGAGGCAGUUCCUGGACUGUGCCACGACCCAGAGUGACCUCACUCUGUGCGAGGGCUUCAGCGAAGCACUGAAGCAGUGCAAGUACUCACACGGCGUGACAUCACUGGUUUGACGGAAUGGACGGUGAUGGAAAACAAGACAAAACACUCAAAUGGCAUUGAACUGCUCUCACUAUGAGCUCUUGGACAUUAGCAUAAACUCAUCUGCUCUGCUGUAACAGUUGGUGUCAACAUGAAAUGCACAGGAUUUUUAGCACUGUACUGUAUAUUAGGUUGUAAAAUAAAAGUUCAUUUUAAACGUG